CAUGCAAUUUCAACCACUAGUUUCUCUUCAAAAAAACAAGUAUUGGAUAAAUUUGAGCAAUUUUCACUAUAGAAAGAAAUUGUUUUUGCAAGUGACAGAAAAAUGGCAUCACUACUAUCAAACACAAGAAUAAUAAGUGGAAGAAAUGAAGUGUAUGUGGCAGCAAUUCCUCUAAGGGCUACAAAGGGACCACCCCAAUUGCUUAUGUCUGCUGCUUACUCCCUUAAUUUAUGGGAUUUUCAGCAUUUCAUGGUCAUCAUCAAACCUUCUUCACCUUCACAGAUUCUGGUUUUUGAUUUUCAACCAAAGGAUCCUGAAGAUAUAUAUGUGGCCCUAGCAGCUUUAUUUGGAAGAGCUGUGCCAGGAGCUGUUCUUGUGAGGAAGUUAAAUAAGCUGCCGCGAAGCAAAUGCUGGUUGGUUGGAUAUGCAGAAACAGAUGCGGUGGAAAUAGCUAAUGAGUUCAACAGAAAAUGGGAAACAGAUUUGAGAAUCGGUCUUAACGAUUGUCGCAAUUAUACAAAUGGUUUGGUCAAGGAACUCACUGGCGAAAAAGAUGCGCUGAAACGUUUGAGAAACCUUGGUAGAUAGCGGUACUAUGGUGCUAAUUCAUGGGGACACAAAUGGUGGGAUGAGCAUCUUCUGUACCAGAGAUCAUAUGUUAAAAGCAGGCCCCGGACAGUUUAUCGCCAUAGAGCCGUGGAUGACAUUAGGCCACAAGCCGCGGAUUGGAUUAGAAACCGAUGUUCCUAUUAUGAUGUGUAUGUUGAUGGUGGUCUGUAUUGAAGUAUGAGAAUGAACAAUCAAAAAGUAGUUAGCAUGUCUUGGUUAGUUACAAAUUCUGUUACAGUCAGUAAGUAAAGUAGUUAUGACAGUUACUUGGCCUUAAAGCUGUAAUCACAUAGUGCAUCCUUGAUGGCCAUACAAGAUUUUUAUGGAUCAUAUUACUCAAUUUUAAA